AGCUGAUGGUUGGUAGGUAACGGGCUUGAUCGCUGUUGGUCCCAAAGGGGGGAGCAGUUGGGCGGAGGAAGCGGUCGGCCCGAGGGCCCUGCCGGCUGGGUGACAGGCUCAUGGCACAGUGCGUGCACCCGAGCCCGGUGUCGGAGCAGGGUCGGUGGGCCAGUGAGACAUAUGCUCGGACCCUGCUGGCCCAGAUCAACCGCAUGAGGGCCCGCGCCGACUUCUGCGACGUGCGCCUACAGGUGGAGCGGCAGGUCUUCAGCGUCCACAGGCUGGUGCUGGCCGCCAGCAGCCCCUACUUCGCCGUGCUGUUCGCAGGAGGCCUGCAGGAAGCCGGCAAGAGCUUCAUCCAUAUCCACGGCAUCGAGGCAGAAAUCUUCAAGCUGUUGCUUGACUUUAUUUACACUGGUGUCAUCAAUAUCAGCAUAAAAAAUGUACAAGAGGUGAUCCUUGCUGCAGACAUGUUGCAGUUGACUGAGAUUGUGAACAUGUGCAGUGAAUUUUUGAAAGGACAAAUUGAUUCCUCAAACUGUGUUGGAAUUUAUCAAUUUGCUGAGCAAAUUGCCUGCCAUGAUCUUGCAGAAUUCAGUGAAAGUUACAUUUAUGUCCACUUCCUGGAGGUCUGUAAAACCGAGGAGUUUAUGGGAUUAGCAAAAGAUCAAUUGGUUAAAAUCUUAAAAAGUGAAGAACUCCAGAUUGAAGAUGAAUAUCAAGUUUUCACAGCUGCUAUGGAAUGGGUUCUCCAGGACAUGGUCAAAAGGAAAAAGUACGUGAUUGAAGUUCUGGAUCCUGUUCGAUUCCCUUUGCUUUCUUCACGGAGAUUAUUCAAGUAUAUUGAAGGUAUUUCUGAUUUUAGUCUACGAGUUGCCCUGCAAAAGUUGCUGGAGGAAUACAGGGAAGUCAAUAAACCUCAGAAAGAGAUCAAGUUUGGCAAAAUGCCACCUGCAUCAAAGAUUCGUCCUCGAAGAAAAGCCCGGAAAUACCUCUAUGCCAUAGGUGGUUACACACGGCUUCAGGGAGGUCGAUGGAGUGAUAGCAGGACUCUUAGUUGUGUGGAACGUUUUGAUUCAUUCAGUCAAUACUGGACAACAGUGUCAUCACUCCACCAGGCUAGAAGUGGACUGGGUGUUGCAGUACUUGAAGGGAUGAUCUAUGUAAUAGGUGGUGAAAGUGAUUCCAUGAUUUUUGACUGUGCCGAGCGAUAUGAUCCAGUUACCAAGCAAUGGGCAGCAGUGGCCUCCAUGAAUUCUCCCCGAUGUGGACUUGCUGUAUGUGCCUGUCAUGCUGCUAUUUAUGCUCUCGGAGGCUGGGUUGGAGCAGAUAUUGGGAAGACUAUGGAAAGAUUUGACCCUUCUGACAAUAAAUGGGAAGUUAUUGGUGACAUGCUUAUCCCUCGAUACUUCUUUGGUUGUUGUGAAAUGCAAGGCUUAAUUUAUAUUGUUGGAGGUUUAAGUGACUCGGGGUCAGAGCUCUGUUCAGCUGAAAUGUUCGAUCCUAUUACAAAACGUUGGACAACAUUAGACAGUAUGAAAACAAAAAGAGCAUAUGUUGGAGUAGCAGCUCUGAAUGACUGUAUUUAUGCUGUUGGAGGAUGGAAUGAGACUCAAAAUGCUCUACGGACAGUCGAGAAGUAUUCCCUUCAGGAGGAGAAGUGGUUUGAGGUUUCUUCAAUGAAAAUAGCAAGAGCAGGUGUUUCAGUCAUUGCUGUUAAUGGGCUGCUUUAUGCAGCGGGCGGUCGAACAUCAGGUCGGGAUUCCUCAGCUCCUGUUACCCUAGACUCCGUGGAGGCGUAUGAUCCCCAUACUGACACAUGGAUGGAAAUCGGGAACAUGAUAACUAGCCGCUGUGAUGGGGGUGUAGCAGUGCUUUGA